UUCCGACAGCACUUGAAUGCGGCAGAAUGGUGUGUCUGACAUCCAUGCUUAUCUCAGUAGAUGGCGUCCGUACCCAGCCUGCUCCGCGACACUGAGACAGCUGAGUCACACAUACAUUUAGACCCAGAUAAACAGAUACUCAGCGAAAAAUAGCAGCUACAGUCUAGAAAUUGGCGUUACUACAGUCGUUUUUCACCUUUGCUGCCUCUGACACCUUGUCGAAAGAUGUUGACGAUUACACUAAAGACCCUUCAACAGCAAACGUUCAAAAUAGAAAUAGACCCAGAAUUCACGGUGAAAGCCCUAAAGGAGAAAAUAGAGGCGGACAGGGGAAAAGACGCUUUUCCUGCUGUGGGACAAAAACUGAUUUAUGCAGGCAAAAUCUUAAAUGAUGACACCCUGCUGAAAGAGUACAAGAUCGAUGAGAAAAACUUUGUGGUGGUCAUGGUUACCAAGCCUAAACCAGUCCCUCCAUCACAAGGGGCCACUCAGCCAACUCCCCAACCGGCUGCAGCUGCAGCACCACCCACAGUCUCAGCCUCAGCAGAAGUGCCGUUCACACCGACACAGACAGUGUCUGCACCCACGCCUGCCCCACACUCAGUGCCUCCCCCUGAGUCCACAUCCCCAGUGCUGGAAAACACCCAAUCUGUCAAAGAAAUAUCAACCUUGGACUUAGACACAGCGCCAGUUCUGGCCCCAGACUCAGCACCAGCCUUGGAGUCAGCUGCUCCUCCAGCCUCUGCCCCAGCUUCUGAAGCUGCUCAGAUGGUCUCAGCCACAUCAGACUGCUUCACACCUGCUGCCCAGCCUGAAGAAAAGACAAGGGAAGAGCCAGAGAAUCAACCAUCUGCCACUGCACCAGUCCUCUCCUCUGCUUCCAGCCUUGUUGAUGAACUGGGUCUCCUUGAAGAAGCAGCUUCAAUACUGGUGACAGGUACAGCCUAUGAGAACCUGGUGUCAGAGAUUAUGUCUAUUGGUUAUGAGCGAGAGCAAGUGGUCGCUGCACUUAGAGCCAGUUACAACAACCCAGACCGAGCAGUAGAGUAUCUACUCACGCACUCAGUUUCCACUGACAAUGAAUGGGCAGCUGUCGAUAACCCUGGAAUUUGCCUUUGUUUGUGCUCAGGAUGCUCAGCAGCGCAGUUGUGCACUUUGGCCACAAGGGGGCUCACAGUCAACAGCCUUUCCAGCACUCACAAUGUAGGGCCAGUAUCUGGCAGUCAGUCUCCCUCUGCUGGUGGAGACUCCGUCUCCACAGAGAACCCUCUUGAGUUCCUAAGGAGCCAGCCUCAGUUCCAGCAGAUGAGACAGAUCAUCCAGCAGAACCCGGCCCUCCUACCAGCCCUGCUGCAGCAGCUUGGCAGAGACAACCCGCAGCUGCUGCAGCAAAUCACACAGCACCAGGAGCGUUUUGUGCAGAUGCUGAAUGAACCACGAAGAGGAGGGGAGACAGGAGGGGAGGGGGCCGAGGCUCAGGGAUCCCCACACACUAACUACAUCCAGGUCACCGCACAGGAGAAGGAGGCCAUUGAGAGGUUAAAAGCGUUGGGCUUUCCUGAAGGCUUAGUCAUCCAGGCUUACUUUGCCUGUGAGAAGAAUGAGAAUCUGGCAGCAAACUUCCUGCUACAGCAAACAUGGGACGAUGAGUAACCAAAUAUCACUUGAUACAUCACCAUCCAGCAGAGGGCUGCAGACUGGAUGACAGCGCUACACGAAGUCCACCGGGGAGGAACAAGGACAGGAUAAGAAGGACAUUUCUUUUCACACCAUGUGACUGUGGUUUGAUGAUGAUGACAUGCUGUUCAAAGUUAGCUGUGCCGCCUGCUAUCCAUUUAGCUAUAAUGAUCACCGUGGGCGCUCAUACUGAGCUCUGCCAUACUGCUGCCACAUCGUUACUGCUGCCGCUUGUGUCGAGUGAUUACACUGAGAGAAGUCAGGAAAUAGACCAUCAGUCUGCAUCACCUUCCCAGGCCAUCAGGUGUUAAACUUAGACUACUGUGCAUAUACAGUGUGCACACUACAGAAUGUAUUUGUAGCGAAUAUAUACAUGACAAAAAUAAGUUUACAACAUGUGCAAACAGACAUGUUGCACAUGUUUGCCACCAACAUGUGCAUGUUGGAUGCACCUGAAAAUGUGAUGCAAUCUGUUCACUUCACUGUUUGAAAGCUAGCAUUGAUUUACAUUAAAGUUCACAUCUGAUCAUUUAACCUUUUUGGUUCUUGUUUUCUUGAAAUCCUAAACACUCAAAUAUGUCAGACAGAAUGUGUCCAAAUAGAAUACAUUCUUCAGGGGUUGUUUUGACCUUUCAUUCGCCAUGUACAUGUGCUUCAUUGGUUCUAUCCAUGGAAAAUGAAUCCUGCAAGUUGCCUUGCAGGAGCAUCUGGGACUUUGUUGCCCGUUCCUGCCAGAAAAAGGAAAGUUAAACAAAAUGUUACCAAUGUCAUGUAUAUAAAAUACUUAAGGUCAAAGAUAAACAAAAUGUCAUGAUACCUCAAAAUUACAACUGUUUAAUAAAAAUAUUGAGCUACACCACCAAUUAGAAGUUUGGCCACACUGUCCCAGCGAAUUGAAUUGGAAAGUGUGUUCAAAUCUCUGACUGGUGGUGUAAGUCAAAUUACACAAUAGUAAGAUUGUCUGAGGUGUUUGCAGGUUAAGUAACAAUUUUAACUAAUCAUGAUUUUGAUGCACUAUUUCAAGAUGUAGAAUAAUUUUGA